ACCUGAUCUGGUCAGGUGACCUUGUGUAGGUCGCAUUCCUUUCCUUUGUGGUUCUGUUCCUCAUAAGCACAUACAGUUGCAUAAACUACAGCAACCUGUCCAGCGGAACCACACGUGCCUUUAGAAUCUCUAACUGUAAUUUGGUGCAUACAGAGCACUUUUGUCCCUUUGUGCACUGCUGGAUCUGACUCGUGAAACAAUGUAGCAGCCUCCCUUGCUUCUUUACAGCUGCCCCGGGACCCACUCACCUCUGAUUGACAGCUGGAGCCACACCUACCUGAUAUGGCUGGUUCUGCAUGUGGGGGUCUCCAUGAUUUCCUCUCCCCAUCACCCCUGGACCAAGAUCUGUGGCCAGAAAAGGGGUCUAGUCUGUCCCUGAACUGUUCCCUGUGGGUAAGCGGUGGCUGUAACGGGACCCUGAGGUGGCUGAAGGAUGGAACCGCAGUGCAGGACUUGUACAGAGAGCAGCAUUCUGCCUGGGAGGGAUUUAAUAGCUCCAAGUGGUUCCUCUCCAGCAUCCUGUAUGUAAACGUUUCAUCUGCAGAGGAUUAUGGGAAGUUUACCUGCGAGGUGGAGAAUGCCACAGCAUCAUUUACGCUCCACAAAGGAGAAAAGGCUGGACAUGUGGCUGCGGUUAUAUUUGCUCUUGCGGUGCUCACGGCAUUAAUUGUUGGUUCUGUUAUUUACCUCAAGUGUCGCCUUAAUGCCCGUCUUUGGUACCGGAAUAAAUAUGGCGAUCCAGAAAUAAAUGAUGGCCGUCUCUCUGAUGCCUAUGUCUCAUAUUGUCCCUCAAACACUGACACCAAAUUCACCAAUUUCAUUCUAAAGCCCCACCUGGAGAACAGGUAUGGGUAUAAACUGCACUUGGACGAGAUGAGUCUGAUGCCCAACACAGAGCCCUCCGCAGAGCUGCUCAUGAAUGUCAGCCGCUGUCGGCGCCUUAUUGUCGUUCUCUCUCUGGGUUACCUGCAGCAGGACUGGUGUCAAAAUAGUUUCAGGGAGGGAUUGUUUCGCUUGCUGGAGCUUUCCCACAAACCCAUCUUCAUCCUGUUUGAGAACCAGCAGAAGGAAGUACCUGUGGGCGUCACGCAGUUAUUGCACUCGCAGAGAGGAAAGCUGAAGGUGCUGCUGUGGAAGUCUGGCUCUGUGGCCCCAUCCUCUGACUUCUGGAAGGAGAUAUGUCUGGCUCUGCCUCGGAAGGUCUCCCUAACAGAGGGGAGGGGAGAUCCACAAACCAUAAAUCAAGAUGACAAGGACCCUAUGUUGACUCCAACCAGUGAGACUGCAGACCCUGAUCCAGAGGGUGAUCUUGGUGUAAGGAGAACCUUCUAUAAAGCACCCCCUCCUCGCAUGGCUCCGAUUUCCAACUUCACAGACAGAGCGCCUGCUGGGGACACAGAUAUCUCUGACCUGGGAUCAAGGAACUACUCGGCUAGGAACGAUUACUACUGUUUGGUUGCAGAACCUGAAUUAUGAGUUACAGGAGACACAGAGGCAAAGGGGCUGCCAAGAAGGAACAUAAAGAGGUAACACAGGGGAGAAAAAGAUAAAUCCCUAAGAAAACCCUACCUCUUAUGGCAGGACAAAAGGAAGGGCCCUUAGGAUAUACCGGGAGCCAUACAUUCGUACUGCCGUCCAGGCCUUACCCCUUGGAUGGGCUGCCUUCGAAAAAGUAUAUAUAUAUAUAUAUAAAUAUAAUUUUUUGUAAAAAUUCUACCCAUCACAUGAACAAUUUGAAAAGCACAAAGAACAGUCCUUUAUACAAUACCGUCUGCUUGCUGUAGUUUGUGUUUUAGUUGCCUUUAUAGAAUAAUAAGGUAGUGCCUGCGUGAGUGUAUUUUAAUAAUCAUAAAUAUUUACUGAAGAGGUUAUUUUAUCGGCUAUAUAAUGCUUAUAAUCCGGCAAUAACUAAAACAUAGCCCUAUAGAAGGUGAGCUUGUAUCCCAUUACUAAAUACAAUUUGGUCAGAUAUAAGCCUAAUUCCAUGAGCCCUGAUUAUAAGCAGUGGCUCUUUACUAUGAACCCCCCAACCUAGGUUAAUGCCGCUGUAUGUAUAUGUGUAAAUAUUGCCUACAUCAUUUUAGAAGCAUGAAAGUGCCCCUAAUGGCCUGGGGGAUGCAAAGCUGCAUAUGUAUAAAUGUAAGCUUAGGCACUAAUAUAAUGUUCAGCAGUGUUGGGCAAAAUGGCAAGGAAUGUCCAAGCCAAGCCUCCACUGCCCCCAAUUGCACCUUGCCCCUCCAUACUUGUCACCAUCAAGCACAACAAAUCCCCCCACACCCUCAACGAGCUUCUCAGCUGGAGUUACAGAAGGGCCCAAACUAGGGGUAGGCAGGCAAAUGUAUGCAGGGUCCACUGGGGCUGCGUCAGGGGGAGACCACCGGCUUGGGGGAGCGCUUGUGAGGCCCACUGAGUUUUUUCUCGGGUACCCCGGUGGCCCAGUCCAACCCUAAUGCCCCAAAUGCACCAUAAAUAUGCCCUUUUCUGCCUGCCUACCCCUAGUCUCGGCCCUCAUGCUGGGCAACCUGUGAUACUUGGUGGCAUAGCCAGUCAUUAUCAGCCUUCUCACUUGUGUGGGAUGUGGCUCCAUUAGCCACUUGUAGAACACUUGAAUUGUAUAAAAUACAUUUUUGUGUGAUUAUGCAAAAUAAAGGAUUAACUGCAGUGAUUUCCAUUCACGAAAAGGUAUUUGAUGCCCGCAGGAAUCGUCAAUUAGUAUUGGGCGCAAGGCGACCAGUGAGCCUUCACCCUAAGGGGCAGAUCUAUCAAAAUGUUUAGAGCUUAAUAGAUAGAAAAUGUGAUAAAUAUGCUUCUAAAAAUCCCAUAGGAAUGAACAGAAAACAGGUAAAUUCUGUGGUGAGCUCUAAUCUCACAUUUUGAUUAAUUAUGCCCCUAAAAUAUAAGACAGCCGAAUCACUCGCUGCUCACUUCUAACAAAUCAUAUGAAGCCCCCAGUCACUUUAAUGAAACACAGUAAUGUUUGUGCUAUGAGUGCCCUGUACAUUCUGAUUCUGCAGAUGUUGUGCAUUUGAGAGAAUAUUCUAUAAAUUAUAUUGUUUUUAUUCCGUGUAUAAAAUGAUUUAUUUAUAAAC